UCAGACAGAGGACACACAGAAACAGAAGAGCACAAAGAAGAUAACAAUAGCACCGAAUGCAGCGACCUAGGAGUCAUGGAUCUGAAAUUCACUUCAUCAAGAAAAUACAUUUCCAUCAGCGUACCUUCCAAAUCUCAAACUAUGUCUCCUCAUAUCAAAUCAGUAGAUGAUGUUGUAGUUCUUGGUAUGAAUCUCAGCAAAUUUAACAAACCUACUCAAUUUUUCAUCUGUGUUUCUGGAGUUUUUAUGUUUUAUCUAAUCUAUGGAUAUUUACAGGAAUUGAUAUUUUCAGUGGAAGGUUUUAAACCUUUUGGUUGGUACCUCACUUUAGUGCAAUUUGGAUUUUAUUCCAUUUUUGGACUGAUAGAAUUGCAGUUGAUUCAGGACAAAAGGAGAAGGAUUCCUGGCAAAACCUACAUGAUAAUAGCGUUUUUAACAGUGGGAACUAUGGGUCUGUCAAAUACCUCUUUAGGGUAUCUGAAUUACCCUACUCAAGUCAUCUUCAAGUGCUGUAAGCUGAUUCCAGUUAUGAUAGGCGGGGUUUUUAUACAAGGAAAACGUUACAAUAUUGCAGAUGUGUCUGCUGCCCUAUGUAUGAGUCUUGGAUUAAUAUGGUUUACUUUAGCUGACAGCACAGUUGCACCCAACUUCAACUUGACAGGUGUGGUCCUAAUAUCCCUUGCCCUCUGCGCAGAUGCAGUUAUAGGAAAUGUACAGGAAAAAGCUAUGAAGUUGCACAAUGGUUCUAAUUCAGAAAUGGUUUUGUAUUCCUAUUCAAUAGGGUUUGUGUAUAUUUUAUUUGGAUUAACAUGCACUAGUGGAUUAAGCCCUGCAGUAACAUUUUGCUCAAAGCAUCCAGUUCAGACUUAUGGUUACGCAUUCCUUUUCUCCCUGACUGGAUAUUUUGGCAUAUCCUUUGUUCUAGCUUUGAUUAAAAUCUUUGGUGCCCUUCUGGCUGUAACAGUAACAACAGGAAGAAAAGCAAUGACCAUUGUGCUUUCUUUUUUGUUCUUUGCAAAGCCAUUCACAUUCCAGUACGUGUGGUCAGGCUUACUGGUUGUCCUUGGUAUAUUUCUUAAUGUUUACAGUAAGAAUAUGGAUAAAAUCAAACUGCCUUCGCUGCAUGGGCUUUGGAAAAAAAGUGUGGAAGAAAGGAAAACAAGGACGUUGUCACAAACUGUAUAGGCAGCGGUUUAUGCCUUGUCUAGACUAUGACUUACUAUUUUAUUGGAACAGUCUUCAAAUGAUUCACUUUCCAAAGGGAACAUUAUCAAAACCAAAGGAGCUGAAGGCAUAUUGUCUGCUUGCAGUUUGCUAGAAAUGCACAUUUUCGUGAGCCCUUUCUUCGGAGCACUUGAAUUCAUCGUAGAAGGGGUUGUAGGCCAUCGUCAGAUGGUGUUAUCGGGCAAUGAAGGACGGCAGCUCCUGGCAGACUGCUGAGAAGCUGCACUCCAAGUGGGACACAGUAGAAGUCUAAUUUGGGCAUUUUAAUAUUGUCCAUGUGGCUGAUCUGAGAUUAGUGGUUCUUUGUCUUUGUUAAUUGUCUAGGCAGGGUAAUUUAAAUGUAAUACUGUAUUAACAUUUAAUGGAACCUAAUCAGCAAGUGGUUGACCAAAUUGCGAUUUUUAAAGGUGGAAGGUUUAUAUGAUAUGUUGUUACUCUUUUUCAUUUUAAAUAAAAAUGUUGGGGUUUUUUUUAAGUUAUUGAUUAGAUCAUCACAGAACUUGGUAUUUAUUGUAAUAAUUGAAUUUUUUAUGGAAAUCUUACAGUGUAACUCUUUUAGAUUAUUGCUUGCAAGAAGCAAAAAUUAGACUGAGUUUGUGCAGUCAACACCCAUGCUUUUACAUGGGGGGAAUGGGCUUUUAGGCCUGAACAGGGUGAGAACACAGAAUGAAAGAGUUGUGUUAGAAACAGUGGUGUAAGAAGCCGUCAUUUGCUUAUUCAGUGGUGAAAAUUUUUAGUGGCCUGUGGCCCUCCAUAUUGCAGAGGUGUAAAGAGACAUGGAAGUCCUCUAAAUUAGUAUCAUCAAAUCAAAACUUUUCAGUACUGGAGUAAAGAAUAACAGCAUCUGCUAAUGUAUUUGGAAUAUGUAUUGUGUCAGUCUUUGUGUGGUGCUGUGAUGAACUUAAGAGGAUUAGGGUACAGAUUACAAUUUUAUUUAUUUAAUGACAGGAGGAGACAAAGUACUACCAGUCUGUCUUUUUCAUCAUGAAUUUAGGAAGACUAAGUCCAUUUAUCUCUCUUACUUUCAUAUUCCACUCCCUUUUGAAUUGCUUGCCAUCUCUUUCUUCUUAAAUAUUUAACAAUCGCACUUUAAAAAUACUAAUCUCUGUACAGUUUAUUGUUCUUAUGUGGCCACGACAUUAGUGUUGUUGUUGUGUCCCUUAGAUGCAUCUUGGUGUGUGUUCUUUCAACUUAGAUGAAAGUGAAUUGGAUAAUAGAAUUGCAUAGGCAGGAAGAAUGUACAAAGAACUGAAAUAUCUCACAGGGUUGCCUUCUGCUAAAAAAUACUAGUUUAUGAAAGUAUUCAAAAUGUGCAAAAUGUUUUUCAGACAUUUAGGAAGAAUUGCUGUUCCAAGGAUCUUGUAAUCAAAGCACAGACACAAAAUGUGCCUUAAAUUUUGCUCAUUGAGUUGGUAGCUAGCAUGUGCCGUGUUAACUAUGUUAUAAAGUAGAACCCAGAAUAACACAGCCAUCUGCACAUGAUGGGGCAAAUGGUUGGAGAGCUGCACUAACGUAACUGCACUAUUUCCAGCACUCAAGCUACUCUGGUGUGUCAGCAAAGCCUUUCAAAGCCUUUCAACCCAUAUACACCCAGCGUUGCCAAGUUAGAAGACUUUAUUGCAUGUGACAAUUUCGGUUUUUAAAUUCCCAGUUCCUGCAUGAUCGAUUGUGCCCUGGAUAAGGUAGAGAGGUGUAAAUUUAACAAAGAGAUACACCUUGAAAGAGAAGGAUGGCCUGCCAUGGUGAUCCAUUUUCAUGUUGCAGCCAAAGUUUUAUGAUAAGAUAUGAAAAAGGGUUACAAUUUCAAAUUUGAUGCAAGAGUGCUGCUGACCAAGUCAAGGGGAUUGAUAUGCAUUUCCUUCCCCAAAUAUUUAUCAACUCUUAUAUUCCCUUGCAUUCUUUUCACUAAAUGAAGUUGCUCUGUCCAGUGAGGUUCUAAGUUACCUAUCAAGCUUAAAAGAGGGACAGGUUUUGAACUAUUGAAAAGAAAGUAACUACAGAACAUUUACUGUUCUGUUCAGUAGCUUGGUGGAACUUGGUAAUUAGCAUUUGAGAAUCGUUUUGACAAUUUUUCAGUCUCAGUAUUGCCAUCUGUAAACUCUGUCUGUUGCUAAACAUUAUUGAACUUCAGGAAACCAAAUUAUGUGAAAGCUACCAUACAUGCAGAAAGUCAUAGUAAAUAUAGUUUGUUUGGCAUCUGUUUUAUAUAAAUAGAUGAGAAGUCACUCCCAAAGCUUCUGACUAGAAUUCAAAUGUAGCAUGCAGGUUGCCGAACUGUUUAUAUAAUCCAGUUUUGUCUCUAUUUUCUCUCUUUGGAGACCAUAGUAUUAAUUUACCUUUUAAUUUAUUCUCUGUUGUAUACAAGGCUGAGUUAAUGGAGCACACAUUAGGGAAGGUAUUGAUUUAUUUUUUUAUUAAUUUUCUUUUUCUUAACUAUGGAAAUAUAUGUUUUGUUUUACAGGUGUACUGUAAAAAAUGAUUUUUAUAGACAAUAUUGUAGGUACAGUGUUAUUAGCAUAAAUUUAAGAAUCAGAUUUUUAUUUUCAUAGGUGUGAGCCUAGUACUUGCUAAUCAACAAUAUGUAAGCAUGUUAAUGAAAAUGCACACGCAAGUGAGAGUAGUUCAUAAUUUGCCACCAAUUUCAUGCUUUCAUUGAGACCAGGAGAACCUUCAUUUCAGUGAAUUGUUUGUGGGGUUUUUUUAAUAAGCGUUAUAGCACAUGGAAGUAAGAGAACCUUACAAACCUCCAAGUGUUCUUAAUACAAAAUUUUGUUUUAGGAAUUUCUGUACUGUAUAUGUAUGUUGGUUUUGUGUUGCCUAUGAAAUAUGAAUAAGGGCUUGUCCACAAAGUAACUGUAAAUUCUUUAUUUUUCAUGUAAGAGCACUUACAUUGGGGUGUUGGUUAACCCUUCCUAAUGUUGCAAUGUAGGCUGAUCAUAAUAACUUUUGCAUUUUAUACUCAUUGGCUCCUGGACUCGUUACAGUAGGCUUUAUGAAACUACAGAAAAAAAAAUUCAUUCUGCCACCAUAAAAUUUAUUACCUAAAUAUAAUGUGACUUAGCUGCUUCUUAUUCUUAUACUGCGCAACUUUCUCCUCGCUACAGAAAAAAUGUGAUACAAGAAUUAGUUACAAUGGGAUUGAAGCUCACACUAAAAUUUACGAUUGCCCAUGGUCUCCAUUGAUGUCAGCAAUCUGCCUCUGUGACACUCUCUACUUGUGCCUCUUUUGGAGGACUGAGGGAGCUCUGUUUUCCUAAAUUAGUAAGCAUUUGCAGUUGCUUUCAUGUUACAUUUUUGCAUUUAUUUGGCAUACUUGAAUACUGAAGUAGUUGACUGUGCAGUGGAUUUCUUCAGUAUUUCAGUACAUCAAUAUCAUCGAGCUGCUAAUUAUCCAGAUAGCUAUAUGUGAAUGCAAGUGUGGAAGAACUAAUGCUCUGAACGCCCCCCAAACCUACUGUGUUUCUUGAUACUUCAUUAAACUGUUUUUCCUAAUCUUCUUCUGCCACUCAUGUGCUUUGAAUUUACCAAACACUUUAAGCUAAAAUUUACGCACAUGUCAUUCCUACUUGUCUUCCUUAGUUCCUUGUCUUUCUUUUGGAUGCUAACUUCCUUUUUAACGUGCUCUGUUGGUGCACUAUGGAUUGUUUCAAGUUUCUGCUCCUGCCUUUAAGGGCUGACAUCAUACUAUUACAGAUUGGUCACAUUCCAUAUUUUCUGCUUCGCAUCAGUUAUGACUGUCCAGAUGAUUCUUUUAAAGCCUUUUUUCUCAACAAAAAAAUCCUUCCUUUUUUACUUUCCAUUAUUUUUGGAAAGGUCUUGGUGAGUACAUCUAUGAGUUAACUCCUUGACCUCAUUCCAUCUUCCAAGGAAAUCUCUCUUCUCCCUUGUUUGCCUUUGAGAACUAAAGGAAGAGGAAAUAAAUUAUUGCAAGUGCUCUUUUUUUCUUUAAUAAGCGCCUUCCUCACUAAGCUGUCUUGUUUCUUUUCUUACUGCCUCCCGUGCUCCCAGGCACAAACAAGCCCCUCUCUUAUGUUGACCACUGCUUGCUCAGUCAUGGAAACUUUCUGAGCUGUUUACUGUUCUGGAAAGAUGUAUAGAAUUGCAUGUAUACUCUAGAGGGCAGGAAAUAAUAAGUAAGCUUCACAAGUUAAGGAAGUAAUUAAAUGGAUUCAUACUUUUUUCUAGAGGGAUUUUAUAUGUGGUUUAGGUAAUAGCUCAGAAUUUGUUAGUGGAAGGUUUCUUUUCUUUUAUACUUUACCUGUUUAAAAAUCUUUUUAUUAAUUUUAAUAUUUAAUAUAAAACUCCUGACUAUUCAGGCAGAUUAUAGACAUUAAUUUCAGUCUUGCCUAUGAGGCAGAAAAAUCCUAUCUCAAUUUCACUCAUGAAGCAGAGAUGGUAACUUGCCCAAAGUUGCCUUAGUAAGUCUGUGGUGAGCAGAGAAUAGAUGUUAAUACCCUCAGUUAUUCUGUGCCCCAAGUCCGGCAGAGCCCUUCUGUACCUGAAGUAAAGCAGUAACAUUGUAAGCUCAGUUUUCCUUUACUACAGUAGUAGAGAUUUUAAAUUAUUUCCAUUCUGUGUUCUGUACUAGCAUAAUUCAAAGUGAAAUUAAGGCAGCCAUAGGAUAGGCUUCCUGCAUUUUGUUUGAAGCUUCUUUGCAUUGUGUGUGUUGUUAUCGUCUUGUUGAUUUGUUCUGUUUUCUGUGAACCCUGUUAUGGAAACAAGCCGGGGAGAGUAACAGUCGUAGGAGAAGCAGAAUACCCUUCACUUUCAGGUGACUGGUCUGAAUUUAGUCGACCUUGCUACUGAUCAAAGGCUGCAGCCAUUGGAAAACUGUGAGAAAUUGUCAUAAUGUGAGGAAUUGAGCAUUAGGAUGUCAUGUUGGAUCUGUAUCUUCGUGUCAUUCACUUGUAGAGAAGCAAAGACAGUAACACAAUGAAGAACAUCCAUACACAAAUACUCAGAAUAUAAUGCAGCCUUACCGUUUCUUCUCUACACCUGCAUCAAUUUCUGCUGUUUUGCUGGUUUUUCUUGAGAUGCGGCAGUGAUGUAAUGCUUCUCUACACUUUUGGAUAUUUAAAUAUUUUUUUUUCUUCGUUAGAUUUCUCAGUUUUAUGCUUCCUUUUCUCAUCUCGUUUUCUUUUUUUAUUUUAUUUUAUUUUGUGUGUAAAGCUUUACCUUGUAAUUUUUGUUACACCUGUAAUACUGUGUCCAGUUCUGGGCUCCCCAGGACAAGAGAGAUAUGGGGCUAGAGAAGAGAGUCCAGCAAAGGGAUGCAAAGAUGAUGAAGGGACUGGAGCGUCUCUCCUAUGAAGAAAGGCUGGGAGAGCUGGGACUGCUCAGCCUGGAGAAGAGAAGGCUCAGGGGAACAUCAUCAAUGUGUAUAAGUACCUGAAGGGAAGGUCCCAGGCUCUUUCCAGUGGUGCCCAGUGUCAGGAGCAGAGGCAAUAGGUAUAAACUGAAAUACAGGAGGUUCCCCCUGAAUGUCAGGAAACCCUUUUUAACUGUGAGGGUGACCAGGCACUGGCACAGGUUGCCCAGAGAGGUGGUGCAGUCUACAUCCUUGGAGAUACUUAAAAUCUGACUGGACAUGGACCUGGGGAAUCAGCUGUAGGUGGCCCUACUUAAGCAGGGGGAUUUGGACCAGAUGACCUCUGGAGGUCCCUUCUAACCUCAGUCAUUCUGUGAUUGUAAAUCUUACUACCUUUGUCCAGAUUCUGAUACUUCCACUUUUUCUCCUUUUUUCAAAGAUUUAAUGUUAAAUAUUAUAUAUAUAUAAUAUAAUAUUAUUUAAAACAAGUAUCUCUGUUUGGGUUGGCUACAGUAACUUCAUUGAAGCUGAAGAACCCAUGCUGACAGUGCCCAAUAGUGUGAUUCUAGCUGAACAGUGAGUAGUUUCAGACCACGGUCCCAUUGAGAGAGAGAGACCUUCAUUUGGUAACUGCUGCUCAAUGCAAAAUGAGAGUAUGUGAAUCUGUUGGAGCAAAUGCAAGAAACUGGUAGGUGAAACUGAUGGUGUCGACACAGAACUAUUUGAAUGUACUCAUUAAGGAGUUCAAGGUUGCUUUUGAUUUUCUUCAUCUAGCUCUUACCGUGCUAUUGGGUGUUAGUACAGCAUCUGGUCUUCGGAUGGCUGGUAGAAGUGUUGCUACACUUCUUGCUGCCUUGUUAGUUGUCAGCAUUUUGCGUGAAUGUGGUCACCUGUGGUAGAUGUCGUCCUACUUGUUCGAAACACAGGUAUAAAUACGGUUCUGUAGUCUCAGGCAUUUACGCGAGCAUAUCUAUGCAAAAAUCUCUAUUGUAGACCAGUCCGAGUUCCAUGUAAAACUGAAGCAAAACUGCUGUGUCAGGUUGAACACUUGAACCCCAACAGCACUGGAAAACACACGCACACGUGCACAUUAAAUGCCGCUGUUAACCAUUGUACAACCUCUGUCAGAUGGCAAUCUGCUGUUUCACCUGUAACUGCAGUAGUAAAGGGAAAAUCAACGAAAUAUCCCCUGGGCUUCUGUUAGUAUGGUACAUUUGAAUACAGUGUUCUUAGUUUGGCUUCUGCUGCACAAUGUCUCCUGGAAUAGCCUUGGUUGACAACAUGUUCUGGGUGAAAUACCCAGCCAGGCAUGGGAGAGGACUGCGAGACAGCAGGUUUUGGUUAUGUGCUAAGUCAGGUUGAUUCUGUGCUGCCAGCACGUCUGCUUAGCUCUUUGUUAAGACAGCAAGCCUAUCUGUCCUCAGCUUACUGAAUUUUCUAGGUAGCAGAAAUUGGAUUUACCAAGCCAAGUUGUAGAUGUGGUUUAGGAGUGCUUGUGCUUACUUCCUGUGAGGUCUACGUCUUGAGGAAAUGUAGACAUCCGAGAAGACUCUAGCAUUCAUAAGAAAAUGGAAGGUGGUUUUUCAGAUCAUGGUGGAAUAGGCUGAGCUCUCCCUGUUCUCCCGAGAAAGGAUAAAUACAGCACUAUUAUAGGAGGAAGGUUAUAAUUUCAGUUAUAGUCUGUGAAGCAAUUGGUGAGUGGUUCAGUAGGCCCCCAUUCAUCUUUCAGAAUUAAGACACACUCGUAGGAUCCAUUUACUGGUACCAUUUGUAGAAGAUCAAAUCUUUCCUGACAAGCUACAGUUCUUGUUUCUUCACUUUUGCCUCUUUCUAAGUUCCUGAACUCCUUUCAGGAGUUCAGUUUCCCCAGCACUACAGUAACUAUUGGCACUCAGUGCUAACAUAAAUAUGGCACGGCAGUGGUGUCUUGGUGCUGAAGCACUGAAAGUGCCACAGCCCAGUCUCGCCUAUAAGGUGAUACUGUUGGCUGCACACUACAGAGGUGCUUCCUCAGUGCGUACUUCUCCAUGACUUCAAAAACUGCAGGCUCUCAUGGUAGUUCCAGUACACAAGAACACCCACCGUGUUUUGCAGCACUGCGUGUUAUAGGUAAAGAGCCCUCAGCACAAAAAUGGAAGGGUGCUACAGGCUAUGCUUUGGAAGUGGAUAAUGUUAUAGGCUAUCUAUAGAAAGUUGAGGCACUCAAAUUUGCAGAUCGGCAAGUUAUUCACACAUAUUUUGGCCUUAAUUUGAAUGACCAGGUCCAGCUAAAUAGUUGUCCCUCACGAGCAAAUACAGUGAUAGCAAUAGCAAUUGGAAGUGCCCCAUCUUGACUUUCAGAAUGACCUGUAGUUUAAAAGUUGAAAGUACCCCUUCAGAAGAGAGCUGAGGGGGAGACGUGGCUGUGAUUGCUGUGGCUGAGGAGAGAAAAGCCGCAUCAUCCAACGACGAACAGUGCUGUUGGAAGAUAGAAACGGCUUCUCUGCUCACCGUGUCUUUAAAUGUAGCCUGCUAUAUUAAUACUCUCAUGCCUAAUCCAGUAAACCUGCUUAUGCUUACAAACAGGUAAAGGUAUACCCAUUUAUUUUUAACUUGAUGGGUGUUUUAGUUUGAGAUAGACAUUGCAGCCACAGGAUUUGAACAAUCAUGGACAUGUCCAAAAUAGGAUUUGGGGGCCCCUGAAAGGCUUUAAUGCAUAAAGCGGAGUUCAUAUAGGCUUCAGGCAGCAACUAAGCAGAAUUUAAGCUCUUUAGGCUUUAACAUGCCUUUAAUCUUUUGUUGCUGUAGCCUAAAGUUAGGAUUAUUUAUUUUGUGUACUAUCCAAAUUUUGGUACUGGAAAAUCAUUUUAGUGAGAAAUACACUAAAAAUUGCCCUUAAUAAGCAGUUGAAGUUAACAGCUGGUAGUAUUCUAUCCCUAGUUUACACCAUCCUGUGCAGCGCAGCUAAUAGUAAAAUCUGGAUGUGAAUGCUUGGCCUCUUCAAAUGAAGACUGUAUUCUUGCUGUUAGGUAAUAUCACCAUCCUCGAUUUUAAUAAAAGACAAAAAAAUCUAUGUAACUACAUAGGUAAGAACUGAUUUAGAAGUAGCUAACCCUUCCUAUGUGUCACACCUGAUUUCUCUGGACUCCUUACCCAUAACAAAAGAGUCAUGCCUGGCUGUACAAGCUUGGUUUGCAAACUCCAUCUUUCCUGGGAUGAAAGCAGCCUGAGAUGAAGCAGUCUUGCUUGCCAGGGAUGAGACCAGUUAUUUCCUAAAGAUUUUGGGUCCCCAGGCACAUAGGUAAAGGCAGGUUGAAUUGACCAUCUUAGACUUGGUAAACUUUGCAUUGCAAGAUGGCUUCAAUAUAAUCUGUUCUUUCUCAGAUAAGAGCUCCUUUUUUUCCCAAGAAGUUGAAGCACAGACUGUGUAGAAAUGAUACAUGUUUGGUUUCUAAAUAGAAAUGUCACUAGUUAGGAGAGCUACGUUUUUUUUCCUACUGAGAGCUAAAUUUGUAUGGAGAACAGGUGUAGCUCUGUACUGGAAAGGUGCAAUGUGGUAUAUUUUACCAGAUUAUAUUUCUGCACUGUGCACUGUGGUGGGAUGAAGAAAGGACAUUAGGAAAGGAAAGAAAUUAAAAUCAAGAUGCGUUGGGCAGCAAUAGCAUUAAUUCUUGGCUAUCCUUUUUCACUGCAUGAUGUUGGAUGCAACAGAUGGAAAGCAGGUUUCAGUAAUCAGACGAAGAAUCGGGACAGGGAGUUUUCAAAGCAAUCGAAGACAGACGAAAUCCUGUUGAGCCUUAACUGCUUUCCUGUUCUGAAAGCACCAAAUUCAGUCACCUCAGAAGAGCAACUAACUGCCCCUCUCUGUGCAAAGCUUCCCUCCUGUCUGCAGAGAUCCCAUGUGAAGUCAGAUUCAUCUUAAAUGUACACCUUGAUUGAUGGGCAAAGACAUUCUUUUUAGCUAUGCUGAGACUUCGUGGUUGGAAAGAGGAUGGCUCCUGUCAGUCAUAUUCAUUGCAGGUCCUUCAAAGUUGAGAAUAGCUGCGUUAAAAUGAAAAUGAGUGAACCACAUUUGGCAGAUAUGCAGGUGGCUGAAGGGAGCUGCAUAUUAUUUAGCGUGCAGUUUCUUCAAUCUGCUGGAUUUCUUCUGCCAGAGCUAUAAUUCUUGGAUCCUCUUUCUGGCAAUGACUUACAGUGUUAAAAUGGAUUGAAAGUGCAGAUACUUGUGUUUUGCACAGUUUGAGGGGGUUCAGGUUGAUUUUUUUUCUUUGUAUUUUUCCUAGUUAAUAUUCUGUGGUGUGGGGGAUUCUUUGUAAGUAAUUUUCAAUAUUGACUUUUUAUCCUCUCUAUUUAGUUUACUUAUCCACAGUGGGAGCUGUCUGCAUCUCUUCUUCCCUGUGUUCAUUUCUGUUAUUGUAAUCUCUCUUCAAUAGAAUUAGUAACCUGUGUUAUUUUCUCAGCCUCAUGUAGUAAAUAAUGGUACAUGUCUAAAGCUUAGCACAACAGCAAAUAAGGUGGUGCAUAGCGCAUCAUCCUCUCCAAACUGCCACCGCAGGGAGGGUUGGCAGUACAGCCAUUACCUCUGUUAUUUCUUGCAAAAAGCUUAGUUUUUCUGCCCAUGGAUGCAAUAGGGCAGCAACAAAAAAGGAGCAGAGGCAGCUGCAUGAGGAUGUGAGCCUGAGGGAGGAUGUUGCUCCUUUUAGUCAGAGGAGCCACCCACUCUGGAUUGCUUAUGGUUUCAUCUCUAUUUGCUCCUCUGCCCUCACCAUUUCCAUUAUUUCAUUCCUGUAGUCUUAAGUAGAGAAUACCAGUUAAAAAAACUGGCAUUCUAGUUACUAGUUUUGUACUAUGCAAGUAAUUUUUCUAUCAUUUUGCAUUCCUUUUGCCAUGACAACUAUGACCUUAUUGAGUGUUCAUAGGCUUAUUCUUUUGUUAUCCUUUUGAGCCAAGGGUAUAUGUACUAUUUCUUUAUGCAAAACAGGUCUUGAAUUAUUGAAAAAAAAUAAGGACCAGAUCACCCAAAAGUUUUGCUCCUCUAAAUGGAUGAUCGACACCUAAGAGUUUGCGUCCACAAAUUUCUGUGACUCUGGAAGCUGCCAUACAGUGCAUUCAGUAAAAACUGCCCAUGUGCAUACACUUCUCACUGAAAAAACAUCAAUUAUCUCAUAUGCAUUGAGCACACAGGUUGUUACUGUGGAAUAACUGACAGGAUAAGAUCACAUUCGUCCCAGUCUUGCAGUAACUCUCAUGUGUCUGUGAUCUGAACAUUUUGCAAGAAGCUGGAGUAAAUCUGGGACUGAGCAGAGAGAUGCAGCCAUACUUCCUUGAACAUACCUCAUAACCUCAGAACUCUCUUUGCUGUGAUUAUUCUCCAUAGUUUCUUGUAAAGUCCCAUUGCUUGUAGAGUCUAUUAAUAACCAACUAUCAAAACACCAGUAGCCUGUGAGUCGCACACUGCUGUAGGGGUGAACAUACCCUCUGUCUGCUAAACCAGCCAACAGUAAGCAUGACUUUAUACUUGUUAUAUUACCCUACUGAUAAAUAAAAACAGCACAUUUGUCUAACAGGUGUAAUUUCAUCUGGGUUAAUAUGUGAGCUACAUCCUGACUCUCUUAACUCUCAGUGAAUGUGUGUAGUCAGUUGAUUUGUUCUGACUGUGUGGGAUAACUGACACUUAGGACUCUAACUUAAUUUAGUCUCUUUGCCCCUGGAAUGCUGGUAUCCAAAAGCAAGCCAAGUGAUUUACUUGGAUUUGUUACUCAGAAGUCUGUGGCUGACACUGCUGCAGAUUAUUUUUUAAACAAUGGAUUAAUAAAGUUCUGUUCAGUCACGACGCCCUGCUUCUCCACAGUUGUCUGUAAAAGUCUAUAUUGUUAGUUUGCAAGAAGUGCAAUAACUACAAAUUCAUACAAGUUCUACUGAAGGUAGUGCAUUGCAUAAUGUAUUGUAAAGCCUGUUGGCACAUACGAGCAGCAUGGACUGCAGAUCUAUUGUUAUUUCACUGCAAGAAGACUGUAACCGCUACUUACAUUUCUGAGGGGAACAGAAACCUCAGAAUAACAGGAUCUCACAUCUUUGAAAUUUCUUGUUGAAACAGAGGAGCUAGUGCUUCUGUUCUGCCAAAAAAAAGAGCACUUUCCUUGUAAAUGAAAGACCAGGCGCUAUUACGAGAUCAUAUGUUUAAUAUGCAGGAAAUUAGAGGGUUAUGCAGAAUAACUAACAACAAUUAAAGAAACUGUGAAUACAAAUAGAGAUUUGUAGAAAUUCUUGAAAAGCAAAAGCGUACAGAUUACUGCAAAAGGAGAUCAACCAGCUCCUCCCCGGGGCUGAGUUUCAGCAAUUUAGACUCAUUCAAACUCAACAGCCGAACUGAAGCAAUUGCGUGUGUAAUAUUUGGUUUGGGCUGAGGGCAGAUUUAAUCCUUAUGGAGAGUGUGGGGAACAUUUUGGUGAUAGGAGAGGCAGCGGUUUCUUCAGAAAAACAAAACCCAAGGAAGAACAGUUUGCAGUUAGUGGAAAUUGCUGUUUGAUCUAAGACAAGAUGUUACAUUUUUAGUUAAUGAUACCAUUAAAAAGCCAAAAGAAACAACGAGCCAGAUUGACAGAAAUGCUGGAACAGGGGACUUUUAUCCAGUGGUCUACUUACCAGACCAGUUGUCUUGGCUGCUGGAGUCUCUUUCAGUCCCUUUUUCUUGAGAAGGCUGUAAUGUUGCCAGAGUUUAUACGAAUUUACAGAGUAGGUUCAAAUAUGAGGAUGGAAAAAAGAUGGAGGGACACUAUCCCACCGCAUUGUACAGGGUAGUCUACUCGGGCAUUUUUUCAGCUAGCAGAGAAGUGAAAGAAUAGAAUUAGGUCUUCUCUAUAGGUUUUCUGUAAAAGGUGCAGUGUAUUUUACCAGUUUUACAGGACAAAGUUGAAUCGGCAUAUUUACAAAUGAUUCUACUCAAUUUUAUUCUUUAUAUUUUCCUAGCAUUGUAGCUGGAGCAUCAAUACCUGAGAAUCCCUGUUCCUUACGCUUUCUGUUACUGCUCCAAAGUAAGGCUGGGAUGGCAAUUUAGCAGGAGGUCAAGAGCGCAUUCUCAAUGUGGAAAAAUACUGGGUCCUGUUUAACCCAUCCUUUAGAGAUCUGUCUGCUCUGAAAGUCUUCUAAAACAGCAAGUAAAGGGGGAAAAAAAUGUCAAAAUACUAGCUUGUUUUCCUUU